AUGAUCUUCAAUUUUGGGCUCAUUUUUCUGGUAUUCACGCGGACGUCAAAGACUUUUCGAAGUUAUGCGGUGCUGAUCAUGAGUGUCGCCAUCCACGAGCUAAUCGUUGCCAUCACUGCCGAAUAUACGGUCGAACGAAUAAUUCCGAUAGCUGACGCGUUGACGAUCGAAUUUCAUGGGAUUUGCGGUUAUCUUAGUGCUUCCUCGUGCGUGACCGCUCAUGGUAUCUUCAUGUACAGUACUUCUUAUGUCUACUCCUGCUUUCCGUUCUUUUUCUGGUUCCGCUACCGUGUCCUCCACUGCCCACCCAAGAAACCAUGGAGAAUAUUUUUCUUAUGUCUUAUCAUCGUGAUUCCUGCAUGGAUCACAUCAACCCUCCUCAUAACACACGCCACUCCUGAAAAGGAGAUUCGAGCAAUUUGGCAUGCGGCCAACUACACAAAUUCCUUGGCAGAUCCGAGUAUCAGAGCUGGCGGUUUCAAAAGCGUUUGGGAUCCAAGCAUCCUGCCAAUGACGCUUUGGGUGACGAUGCCAGUAUUUCCGUGCUAUGCCGUUUCGAUUUACUAUCGGCAAUGUUUUUUGAGGGAUAUCCAGAAGUCUGCCCAGUGCGCGAGAACUAAGUGGGCUCAACAGAAGAUUGUUCAGAGCCUGACGAUCCAAUCCCUACUGCCGUUAUUUCCGAUGACGAUGGCAGCCACGUACAACUAUCGUCAAUUUCAGUUGCCAUACUACGAACACGUGCCGUACUUCGAUGAGUGGCCAAUACUGUCGGUGACGAUCAUCAGUGCCUUUAACCCUCUACUCACCAUCUUCUACGUCCAACCCUAUCGAAAUGCGAUCACCAAGAUUUUUCCCGGCUUCCUGAGACGAAGAUCUCGGCGACCGGGUAUUGCCAGGAUUUCGACCUACACCCUGAGAAGCCGACUGCGGUCCCCAUCGAUUGGACCGGCCAGUUUCGGGAAUAAAAGUUUUUAU